AUGUCAGCGGUGUUUGCUGUUGCUGUUGUUGUUGUUGUUGCUGCUGCUGUUGUUGUUGGUGCUGUUGUUGCUGUUGUUGCUGCUGCUGCUGUUGUUGCUGCUGUUGCUGCUGUUGCUGCUGCUGCUUCUGCUGGGCUUGAGCCUAAA